AUGGCCGCGACCAAAGUCGACGACUUGCGCAUGACCCAGACGUACACACCCGGCGGCAGCAGCAGCAGCAGUGGCAACGGCGCAGCUGGGACGACCAGACAAGGACAAACGGCAGCCAUGACGCAUCUUCAAUCACAGCAAGAUUUCAACGUCAACGGCGAGCACACAGCGUGCGGACCGAGCAGCAGCAGCUACACGAACAGCGCUAGUCCUCGCAGUAGCUUCAGCAGCGCCAGCAGUGACAGCAGCCCAGCGACACGACGAGCCGGACCGCUCGAGGAUCGGGCCUCAAAAAGUCAACAACGAGCCAACGCCUCUUCGUCGUCAUCCGCCCCAACGGGCAACAAACCGCUCAGCACCGUCGCCAGCUCCGGCGACCGCAACGAGUGCGACGAUAGCAGCGACGACUCUGCCUCGUCCGAGUCCGAAGACGACGACGAGGAAUGCGAGGACGAGGAGGACGGCCGCGUGCAAGCGACACCUCGCACCAUCGAAGAUGUCGAAUCAUUCUAUCGGCUGGACAAGCAGCUUGGCCAGGGCGCCCACGGCUACGUUCGCCUCGGCUACCACCUCCUCACCAACGAAGAGGUCGCGCUCAAGUUCAUCCCGCGCAAAGAGUUUGACAUGCACGCAUUCGAAGUUCGUGCGUUGCGAAUGCUGCAUCACCAGCACAUUGUGCGACUCUACGAUGUCAUCGAGACGUCCAAGCAUGUAGUCCUUGUUCUCGAGUACAUGCCAGGAGGCGAGCUUUUCGAUCACAUCGUUGCGCGUCAACGAUUGAGCGAGCACGAAGCAAGAAAGAUUGCCCGUCAGCUGGCAUCGGCGCUCCACUACUGCCACAAGCAGGGCAUCCUUGAAAAUUGCCUGAUGGACUUGGAGGGCAAGGUCAAAAUUGCAGACUUUGGUUUUGCGAACGCCUUUGCGCCUGGACAGCUGAUGUCCACGUUUGUCGGCUCCCUCGCCUACACCUCACCGGAAAUUAUCAAGAACGAACACUACGUCGGGCCGGCCGCCGACGUGUGGAGCUAUGGUGUCUUGCUGUUUACGCUGGUGAUGGGUCGUCUCCCGUUCGCCAGUGAGACGCUCAAUCAAGGCGAGAUGAUUUCGCGCAUUCUUGCUGGAUCUUUUCUUCUUCCCGAGAUCCAGCUGUCUGGCGAGUUCUGCAACUUGAUUCGAAGCAUUCUGCGUGUCGUGCCAUCAGAGCGCCCGACCAUUGAGCAAAUUCUCAGCCACCCCUGGAUUCUCGGGCCUUCGCAGACCCCCGUCGAGCACUGCCAGGGCGAAAGUCGCGAGAUUGAUGAGACUGUCAUUGCCGAGCUGGCGCGCAUGGGUCGUCCUGUGGGCGAUUUGCGUGCUCACCUGGAAACCCAGUCUGUCAAUCAUGCCACGGCUGAUUAUCUGCUGCUCAAUCGCCGUAUGAUUGCCCAGCGGCAAGAGGCAGAGAUGAACGCGAUGAUUGAGCAGGUAGCUCUGCAACUGGCCGAGCGCUACGCCAAGCCGCCAGCGCCCAACUCUGGUCGGCCACCAGCCGCUGCCAACCGCCAUCGACGCUUCUCGGUGGACACCACCACGCUGAAAACGCGCCAAUCGCACUCCAAUGCAGAGUAUGACUUGGCCCACAAGCUCGAGCCUGAUCGCACACCGCGCACAAGAACGCGGAGCAGCGGCGCACCAGCAUAUCUGGACGUCAAUCGUCGCAAGGAAGAAACCAUCCCCAAGCCGUCGGCGAAUCGUCGUCUGAGCAUUGGCCUCGCGAGUGCUUUCGGAUUUGGCUCGUCCAAGAACAAGCCUUACGCGACCCACUCGCCGCGAUCGGGGUCCCCGGCUCCGACGCCUGGCUACGACACCAACGACGACUCAUCCGCCCCAUCGUCGGCAAACACGACGGGCACAGGGCGCCGAUUCUUCCGUGACUCUGGCUUUGGCAGUGAUAUCAACAUGAGCUCCUCCAGCCUCAACAGCAAUGGCGAGCCGGCAUCGCCCUGCGCCACCUCACCUACGACAGGUCAACGCCUUGCCGCUUGGAUGCGCAAGCGCUUCCGUCGCAGCUCCACCGCCGAAGACGUUUCGGCCUCCAAGAGCAACCCCACCAGCCCCAAGCUCUCCAAUCGUUCGUCGCGUUUAAGCGUCUGCGACACUGACGCCCACCACCACCACCACCACCACCAACAGCCGAAUGAGACAGUCAUGCUUCAACCGGUGCCCAAGCCUGAGGACGUGCAAGCCGUCAUUGAUUUCUGGUCCAUCGCCGAAGCUGAGGAAACGAUUCUCUCCAUGCCCGUUCCCGCAAACGACACGCUCGCGCUCCCUGCCGAUCCCGCGGAUGAGGCCACUCCAUUGGCCCAGUCUCCUGCUGCACCCGCUAGCUCCACUGCAUUCCGUGCCACUGAUCAACAGCUCCACCAGAGCCCGCCGAAACCUGCCAAAGUGGCUCAACUGCAGCUUGACGAUGCCACCACCUCCUCGUCGACGAUUGGUGCGCACACAGAGUCUGCAGACAUGUGCACCUCAUCCGCCGACGCGACUCCCCAAGGGUCAGCUACUACUCUUCCGUCGCCACGCUUGUCCUUGCGCAGCGGCAAGGCUCGUCCGCUGUCAGAAGAGCCAAUGCGCUUUGGCGAGCACCCUAGCUCUGCCUACCGAAUUUCCGGCGGUGCAGCAUCGACUGGGGCGCCAGCAGUCUCUGAGCCUAAAUCAUGGAUGACUGCCGCCUUGACCCCACGAAGCGACUCUGCUCUUUCGCCCGACUCGCAGCUCUACGAACCCAAACGUGCUUCGUUUACCCGCUUCAUCCAGCGCUUCCGAAACUCGUCCGACUCCACGGCGGAUCCGCUGACUGCCUUGAAUGCCCAGAACGAUCGCCGUAGCAAGGCGUUCCACAUGCAGGAGGUUGAAGUGUCGCUCUCAAACAGUGCUCGCAAAGCCCAUGCGCGCAAGUUUGGUGUGGCGACCACAACCACCCUCUCCCCUUCCAAAUUGCUCGACCGCGUGACGGCAUCGCUGGUUCACAACAAGGUUCGCUUUACCAUCCUUGGUCUGAUCGUGUCUUGCUCCGCUCAAGACCUCAGCUGGGAAAUUGAAGUGUGCAAGCUCCCUCAUCUUGACGGAUUCAGCGGCAUUGUCUUCCGUCGCACCGCUGGCGAGCUUUGGCGCUACAAGCAAAUGACUGAUCGCCUCACCAAGGACAUGAACCUCGUGUGA